AUGUUGAGCCUCAUCAACUGGAGGCUCAAAGUUACGGUCAACGACGGUCGCGCAUUCGUCGGCCAAAUGCUCGCGUUCGACAGGCACAUGAACCUCGUACUCGCCGAAUGCGAAGAAUUCAGGCGUGUUCGGCCAAAAAAGAAGUCUGGCGAGACAGAGGCGGGCCCUGCCCAAGAGAUGAAGAGGACGCUCGGUCUUGUGAUCUUGCGUGGAGAAACGGUCGUGAGCUUGAGCGUCGAGGGACCCCCACCCGCAGGAGACGACGAGAAAAAGAACGCAGUGCGUAAUCCCAGUCUAUUUUCCGGUCAGCCGAACUGA